CGUUAUUUCCUUAAUCACUUCCGUAUUUAGUUUUGAUUCUAAACUGUAAAAAAAACCCUGUAAACAACAACAAAAAAGAACACUGAAAAAAUCACCCCUAGUUUGAAAAACGCGUGCGCCAUAUUGAAUAAUAACAUUAUAAAGCUCAAAUUUAAUUCGGCAACCCACCAAUUCUCUUUUUACUUUUAUAAUAAUUCGGGCGACGAGGAAAUGCCUUCCAAAACACGGCACACCAAAGAGUCCCCGGACAACAGAACACGGAGGAGGCCAAAAUCAACCUCGGCUGAGGAGAAUGAAGAUGAGGCUGAGGACCUGUCACAGAGCAGCGGCGAGCUGGAGAGCAGCGCAUCAGAGUCAGUUGGAAGCCGGCGAUCCGUGUCCGCCAGCUCUGACAAUGAUGAAGAAGAGGGCGGGGAUGAGGAAGGCGCGGGUGGAUCUGUGACCAAUGAGGACGAGGAAGACGUGGUUGGUUCUGUGACCGACGAGGAUGAUGACGAGAGUGGCAGCGAGAAUAUUGACAAUGAUCAGGUCGAUGCAGACGCUGACACAGACGCGGACACAGACUUGGUCGAGGACACCGGCAGCAUUACCAAUCAAGUGGUGCUGGAGUCGGGAGAAGAAGAGUGCGACGAGGAGUUUGUGCAGGCAGAAGUAUCGGAGAGCGAAACAGAAAAGCUGGCCGAAGCGGAGCUCCUCGAGCAGCUACACAUGCCCUCGGGCAGCGACUCCGAGGGCUCUGCGAUCGACAGGUGGAGGUGCACGCCGCAGAACCGGCUGCGGCGCAGCCUGCGGGGCAGCGACAUGCCUCGCAGCGAGGACAGGCGGGCGACAGGAAUUCAGACGACACCGCGCCGACAGCCACUGCGCAGCGCGAAGCAAAGGCGGGUCGGAGGUGUCUUUGACACGCACGGCGACCAGCAAGGGUACGUGUCCAGUCCCACGGCAUCAGCAGCCUCCCGCCGCAGAGCCCACUUGAACAGGGCGCAGCAGCUCUCCGUCGACGCCUCGCCGAUUCCGGCUGCCAGCGGCAACAGCAGCGACGAGGGCCUCAGGAUACGCACCGCCCAGACCCCAAAGCCAAAGGCGAAGCCCCCAGGCCGCCGGAAGAUCGCCCCCUCGCUGGUGUCGCUCGACGUUGCCAAGCCCGAGUCCGACUCGCUUUACGUUUCACCAGCCUUAUUGUCUGCGUCCUCGCCGUCGCCGGUGAUCGACAAGCCGCGCGAGGAGCGCAGCUACCGAGAGUUCUUCCCGGAGCUCAAUGUGCACAUGCCGCUGGCCAUAAAGAUGAAGCGAGCCACGCCGUCGCCUGUCGUCAGCGCACACGCGGACUUUAACUUCUCUACAGAGCCCAGCUCUGCUACUCCGGGUGCGCCGGCCGCAUCGCACGGCGUGGGGGCUGGUUUCCAGGCUCUGGCAUCGCCGCUGGACUCUUCGGGAAACCUGCCCGGCGGCGGCGACGGCGACCCGCAUUCGCUGUCGGUACCGACAGACCUGUCGUUGAUGGGAGCCUGCGACAAUGGCGAAAAGACCCCGAUGUCAGGCUCGGAGCGGCCCCUGCAGUCGCGCACAUCUAGCAGCCUGUCCAUCAGGCUGUUUUUCAACGACCCCGAUGCCCAGCCGAGACAGCCCUUGUCGGCGCCCUCGCUCGCCACCAAUUUCCCGUUCACUCGGCCGCCCCUCUUGCGCCCGACGGGCAUGGGGAAGUCGACGCUGUCGUACUCGGGCACGCCGCAGUCAUCGGUCGUCGUGCUGGCGCCCAAAAAGCCCGUGCUCACGCUGCCAGAGACCAGGUUCAAGCGGCUCGAGGGCAAGGAUACGCCCGAGGCGCGCUACAAGGCGAUCGAGUUCAAGCGGCCCGAGAGCCACUACAUCCACAACACCGAGCUGACGGAGAAAGACCUGGCCGAGCGUGUCGAGUACGACCUUGAAGACGUCGACCGCGAGUGGCUGCAGCGGCUCAACGCUGAUCGCUGCGAGCAAGGCAUUUCGGAAGUGCCGGCCAACCUCCUCGAGGCCAUCAUCGACCACAUCGAGAAAGAGUGGUUUGACCUGGUCAAGGACGUGCAGAAAGCCAUAUCGGCCAUCCAGCAGGAGAGCCUGCCGGCAGAAGAGUCGGCGUGCGCGAUCUGCGGCGAGGAGGAGUGCGACAACACCAAUGCCAUUGUCUUCUGCGACGGGUGCAACCUGGCGGUACACCAGGACUGCUACGGCGUGCCGUACAUCCCCGAGGGCCAAUGGCUGUGCCGCAAGUGCAUGCUUUCUCCGGACAAGGACGUCUCCUGCGUGCUGUGUCCGCAGCGCGGCGGCGCGUUCAAGAAGACAACAACGAACAAGUGGGCGCAUCUGCUGUGCGCGCUGUGGAUCCCCGAGGUCGGCAUUUCCAACACCGUCUACAUGGAGCCCAUCGACAGCGUCGACCAGAUCCCGCGGUCGCGCUGGAAGCUCUACUGCCACCUGUGCAACCGCAAGGUCGGUGCCUGCAUCCAGUGCUCGCACCGCCAGUGCUUCUCGGCCUUCCACCCGACGUGCGCGCGCCGCGCCCACCUGGCGAUGGCCGUCAAACCGGACCGCCGCACGGGUGAGACCAUCUUUAGGGCCUUCUGCGAGCGCCACACGCCAGCCGGCCACGCGCAAGCGAUUGAUGUGGAGGCGCCGCUCAAGUUCCUGGGCCCGCGGCGCAAGAGCUACGCCGCGUCGCUGUCGCAGAUUUCGAUGCACCUGGGAGCCAUUCUGCCCGGCGGCACCAACGGCAGCCGGCCAUUCGCUGCCGACCCUUUUGCCAACGGCUCCGGGAGCGGUGCCAAGCAGUGGCCGCCCAGUGCAGUCAGCCUGCUGGCGUCCGGGUCCGGCGAGGUGGCGGAGCUGGUGGCGCAGGCGCUGGGCUCGGCGGCCGACGCAAGCCAGGCAAAAUCUGGCGAUGACGCGUCGCUGCAGCUGACCAUGCGCAUCUUCAACCCGGACCGGCCGGCGCUUAACGAGUUUGUGUUCCAGCGCGUGCUCCACCGGCUGCCGAGCCGCAUCGGCAUGCACCAGAGGUCGGCGAUUGUUUUGCAGGUUGCGAGGUUCUGGGCGCUCAAGCGGUCGCUCCGCCAUGGCGCGCCCCUGCUCAAGCGCCUGCAUCUCGAGCCCUGGACGGCCUCGGUGACGCAGCAGAGGGCGCUGGAGAUGGCUGAGGAGCAGCGCCAGGCGUUUAUGCGCCGGCUGCGCACAGACCUCGAGCGCGUCCGGCUGCUGGUCGAGAGCGUGCGCCGCAGGGAGCGCGAGAAGCUCAAGCGCGCGCGCCUGAUCAACGAGUAUGUCCAGAGGGUGGUCGAUCCGCUGACCAUGGUUAUCCUGCCGAUAAUCGAGGAGCUCUUGGAGAAGCGCGACCCCCGUGGGGUGCUCAGCCACCCGGUGACCGAGGACCAGGCACCCGAUUACUUUGAUCUGAUCACCGAGCCCAUGGACCUGAGCAUGAUCAAGGCCAAGGUGUUGGCCUUUACGUACAGCUCUAUCGACGAGUUUGAUCAUGACCUGGAGCUUGUUGUGCGUAACUGCAUGAAGUACAACAAGCCCAACACGUACUACUACCAGCUGGCCUCUCGCAUCAAGCGGCAUAUCGAUCGGCUGAUUGCCGGCGCUCGCACGGUGCUGAGCAAAAUACCCAUGGAUCCGGCCACCGGCCGGGUGAUGCUGGACUUUGAUUUCGACAUUUUCUCGUACAACACCAGUGAACCGGCAGUGCCUCGGAUGCUCUUGGGCGGCUCAUCUGCGGCUGUGCUGCCCGUGGAGGGCGAGCAGGCCGAUCCCGAUGCUGCCCAGGCCAGUGACAGCGACGGUGACGAACCUGAUGAUGCCGCUGCUGCUGUGGAUGCCGCUCCUGAAGAGAAAGCAACGCCACGCAUCACCCGCUCUCGCGCCAAAAUCGCAACCCCAGCCAGCCAGGAGCGCAACAAACUCCCAGCGCUUAAACUCGGCCCACUUGAUGGCAAUUCUGGCCAACCAGCGCCCGAGGAUACCCUAAUGACCUCGUCUACCAUGGAUACUAACACACCGCAUACUGCUGCCGCCGCCAACGAUAUUGAUUAUGAAGAAGAAAAUGACAAGGAUGCUGCUGCGGAAAACAUACCAGCCGAAAUGAAUAUCAUUGACAACAGCAAAAGCAGCAACGCGGACAAAAAGCGCAAGCGCAGCAGCAGGACAAGCCAGCAGGGGGCGCCUGCAGUGUCGAAAAGACGGGCAACCACCAGCAGCCACACCAAGGCUCCGCCAAAUACCUUGCGCAGAAUGACCCUGUUCGAGCAAAUGUCCGUGCCGCCGCCGGAUGUGCGCAUCAGUUUGCGCAAAAAGUUUGCCAUCAGUCAUCCGGACGAGUCGCUCGAUGCAGCGCCGGGAAGCGAAAUCCCGGACAACAUCAAUGUGCUCAGGAGCCGACUGCGCCGUACCAGCAGUGCUGUUGUAAAAACACCUGUGGAAAGCCCAGUGGACGACUCGCCGCGGUCUAGCGAAGAACCAUUAUCGCCAGCAGACAAUGAUAUGGUGGAUGCACCGGUUUUGGCUCAGGCUACGCCUAGAAAGCGAAAGCGCUCGUCGGCCAAGGACAAGGACCCUGCCAAGGUAGCAGCAGCAACGACGACGCCGGGAAAACUAAGGACCGGCGUGAUUCCGACCGCCGCGGCGCUGGGUGAAGACCCGACGGAGUACCCGGUUGGCACGGUUGUGUGGGCCAAGAUGGCGUCCUACCCUUGGUUUCCCGCCGAAAUAUGUGCGCCCGACGACGCUCGUGCACCAAACCAGGCGCAUGAUGGGGAUAGAGACGACAAAUGCAAAAAUGUACUUGUGUUCUUUUUUAACUCUAAUCCGGCCAACCGGUCGUGGAAAUGGGUGUCUGCGAAGCAAAUUUGCAAGCUCGGUGUCGAUAGGACGCUGGACGGGACGUUUUUUAAGGCGAAGAAAUCAAAAUCUGCGAGCAUGACAAAGAGCAUGCGGAUGGCUUACUUUGAGGCGUGCAAGUUUCGUGGCAUUGAACCUUUGGCGCCGUAGCGCACAAAAAAAUCAAAUAUUUUUUGU